GAUCCUGAGCCGCAGGUCUUGGCGCUGUUCCAGCUUUCAAUUUCAUGAGCAGGAAAAUCGAAACUUGAGCUCAGCUGAGACUCAGUCAGAGGUGUGUCCCUCUCGCCCGUGUGAUAGGCUGGCCCAGUGCAUAUAAACAGAAUCCCCAGGUUCCGUGCAGCCCCGGGGCACACGGCCACCAUGUGGAUGCUGGCGCCCUUUGCUCUUGCUGGAAAGCUGCUGAGUGCCCUCCGGAAGCCACUAGGCUCUCUGUGGGGCAGCGUGGUCCCCUGGUUCUUCUGGCUCAGGUCAGCACUCUGGCUGGCAGGGGCCAAGAACACCCGCUUGCCACCUCCGAGGGGCCAGGGAGAACGGCAGGAGAGCAGAGGGGAGGAGGAGGAGGGCCCAGACCCGCCCACCACCCCCACCAGCGUCAACUACCACUUCACCCGCCAGUGCAACUAUAAGUGUGGCUUCUGCUUCCACACGGCCAAGACGUCCUUCGUGCUGCCCCUGGCGGAGGCCAAGCGAGGGCUUCGGAUGCUGCAGGAAGCCGGGAUGGAGAAGAUAAACUUUUCGGGCGGAGAGCCGUUUAUUCACGACCGCGGCGAGUACCUGGGCAAGCUGGUGAGGUUCUGCAAAGAGGAGCUGCGGCUGCCCAGCGUGAGCAUCGUCAGCAACGGGAGCCUGAUCCGCGAGCGCUGGUUCCAGAACUACGGUGAGUAUCUGGACAUCCUCGCCAUCUCCUGUGACAGCUUUGAUGAACAAGUCAAUGUCCUCAUCGGCCGUGGUCAAGGAAAGAAGAACCAUGUGGAAAAUCUUCAGAAACUGAGGGCGUGGUGUCGCGAUUACAGAGUGGCCUUCAAGAUAAAUUCUGUCAUUAAUCGAUUCAACGUGGACGAGGAUAUGAGGGAGCCCAUUAAAGCCUUGAAUCCUGUCCGCUGGAAAGUGUUCCAGUGCCUCCUGAUUGAGGGCGAGAAUUCCGGAGAGGAAGCUCUGAGGGAAGCGCAACAAUUCGUUAUCAGCGACGAAGAAUUUGAAGGGUUCUUAGACCGCCACAACGAGGUGUCCUGUCUGGUGCCCGAGUCCAACCAGAAGAUGAAGGAUUCCUACCUUAUUCUGGAUGAGUAUAUGCGCUUCCUAAAUUGUAGGAAUGGACGGAAGGACCCUUCCAAGUCAAUCCUGGAUGUUGGUGUAGAGGAAGCUAUCAAAUUCAGUGGAUUUGAUGAAAAGAUGUUUCUGAAGCGAGGAGGGAAGUAUGUGUGGAGCAAGGCAGAUCUGAAGCUGGACUGGUAGAGCUGGACGAGGAGCCAACAUCCCCGCACCGGUGGGGACUCUCAGACUCAAGGUGUGGCAACUUCCGGGAGCGGCACUUCCUGUCGGCGUUUUGCUAUGGCCCCAGAGCUGAUUUUCUGUUGCGCAGGCUCUCCGAUGAUCUGUGGUACCUGAACACACGAAUCACUUGGGCCAUCAAAACCCACAUAUAAUGCCGAGCCAUUAACUUUAGUUAAUUUGCUUAUUUGAAAUUUUGGUUUUUGAGCAGUGUUUUCUGGGACUCCUGGUUCCCCAGUUUUGAUGUUAUGUUUCCAAUCCUUUCAUAGAGUCAGGUUGUUGUUUUUUGUUUUUUGUUUUUCUGCUAAAUACGAAGAUGCCAAUUUUCACACCCAGAGCCAGUACAAAAUCUCUCCCCCAACUGCUCUGCUUGUUGUAAUGCUCUUUCCUUUCUGCCUUUCUACCGCUGAAGUCUUGGACUCUUUACCCAGAGGUCUAGAAAUGGUCAGCAGAUGUUUCAAAGAGUAGGCAGUGAUCACCUUUCCAGCUUCCAGUAAGUACCUCGAAGGAGAUGGUUGGUCUUCCCGUGCUCUGCACGACCCUGGCCCGCGCUGACUGUUCUGCGAAUGUGAGCCAUCUCUGCGGCUCUCCUUCCUUUCCAAGAGUCUCAGCUAAAGCAACAAACCCUGUGCACUUCGUGACAAAGCUGACACAGGGUCCGUGCUUGGGUUGCCUUACGAACCUGUUACUCCUGCCACCUGAGUCUGCCAAGUGAGUUCUGCCAAAUGAGUUCAUUGGAAUAGACAGUUGUCCCCACAUCUCUGAGAAAUGAUGCCUUAUGGCUCAGAUGGUUAAGCCUUCAGCUCAUGCCACGACCUCCAGGUCCUGGGAUCGAUCGAGCCCUGCAUCGGGCUUCUGGCU